AAUAAAAACCCCUAUUAUUAGAAUUUUUUUUUCCUCGGCUUUCUUUUUCUAUCAGAUAUUUUUUUUUGUAAAUACAAAUAUUAUCCAUCUACAUUUACCCAUAAAAUCAUUUUCUGUUUACAACAUUUUUUUUUUCUUUUGUAUGCAAAUAUAUCUCAGAAGCCAAGUUUUCUAAAAGAUAUAGUUAGUUAGAAACCAGAAUCUAAAUAACUCAUCAAGAACUAGAAUCUAUAGCAAAAAAAAGCACCAAAAACUUAAAACUCGUUUAAGGACUAUUGUCAUUCAUAGCCUAAGAAUCUAGAGAAACUUCUAAUUAAUGAUUCUUGAAAUCUUUGUCCGUUUUGACAAGAAAUACUUGAAUCUUGCACCACAAACAUGUUUCUCCGUUUUCAUAUAUGGCUUUGCUAUUGACACUAAACCUAUGAAAACUUUACACAGGACUUGGAUUGUGGAUGGUCCAUGGAUCGCAAGGAAUGUAAAGAAUGCGUCUGUGUCUUCAGCUCUGCAGAUUAAAGAUUGUGAAGCUUAUAUCAACUGCCCUAACUGCUAUUACCGCGUCGACAACAGAAAUUUACUGACUCCAUGGCCAGGCCUUCCUAAAGGUGUGAAAUUCGAGCCAACCGAUGAGGAAGUGAUCGAGCAUUUGGAAGCUAAGUGUGGUAUUGAUGGCUUAAAACCACAUCUUCUUAUCCAAGACUUUAUAUGUUCAGUCACUCAAGAUGUUGGUAUCAACUACACUCACCCUCAAAACCUUCCAGGUGUGAAUAAGGAUGGAACUAGUGUCUUCUUCUUUAACAAGACGGCACAUGCAUAUCAAAAUGGUCUGAGAAAGAGGAGAAGGAUCACACCAACUAGUCUCAAGGAUGAAUCGGUUCGCUGGCACAAGACUGGUCAAACCAAACCGGUGAUCGUCAAUGGAGUCCAGAAGGGAUGCAAGAAGAUCAUGGUGCUCUAUAAGAGCGCGAGGAAGGGAUUCAAACCUGAGAAAUCUAACUGGGUUUUGCACCAGUACCACUUGGGAACAGAAGAAGGCGAGAUUGGGGAAUAUGUUGUCUCUAAGAUCACAUAUCAGCAACCAAAGCAAUGGGAGAAAACUAUGGAUGAGAGUGAGAGUUCUGGGGCUCGAGGUGGCCCAACCACACCGAAAACUACUACUCCUACACAAGCUAAACCUGUGAUUUCUGUUGAUGAGGAUGACAUAGCUUAUGAUGAUACUAAGAUGGUUCAUGAUACAUUUGCCGAGGGACAGGAUAACAUUCAAGAAGCUUCUUAUGGUUCAACAUCAGACAGAGGAGCUCAAGUGGCAGGGAAUUUGAGUGUGAUUGAAGAUAACUUGGUUUCCAAGAAAAUUGAAGCUUCGUCGUCCCUUGUGGAAAAGAACCUUAAUUAUGGAAAUGCUGACAUCGGAUCUGGAAACUUUUCAAUGACAGAUUUGGAGAAUGCAGAUUUAGGGACUCUCCCUGAUUUCUUUUCCUUGGCUUCUGAGGACAGCUUAUUGAAUUGGUUGGGAUGGUUUUGAAGCUAAGGACAAGAAGUUUCUUUUCUUGCAUUUUCCAAGAUAGACGACAAGAAAAUCCAGAGAAGAAGAAUAAAAACAAAGGCAGAAACAGGAAUGUAAAUAGAUUAAAGUAGCCAGACAUUUGCUUCUGUUUCUGUCAUCGGAGACGCCAUGUAAUUUGUUAUUUUUUCAGAAUCCUUGGAAAAUCACUUAACCUCUGUUUGUUGUUGUUGUAGUAGUUUACUAUAGGGGUUAUGUUGCUUUACGUAGACAAUAUAAUUUCAAUGGCUUCAGAUCUCCAAUGGUUUUUCUUUUAGUUACUAAAAUUUACGUUUUCACACCUCCAAAUCGUUGAUACUCUCAUAGGACUUGUAAUAUUGUUUCUUGAAUCUUGAAGUCAAACGAUAGGUGGAGAAAACUGCAAUGGAGGAUCUGGUGGAGGUAUUAGGCCUUAGGCUUCAAUGAAAGUGAUGAUUUUGAUGAAACGGAAUUCAGAAAGCGGAAUAAAUAAAGAUUACAAAGAAUCUCAGAGGCUAAUAAUGUAAAGAAAUCACCAGACUAAAAGAAAAGAGUUUGAAGUAAAAGAGAAAGAGAUAAUACAUGGAGAAAGAGAGAGACUAUUCCAGCAAAACUUCCCAAAACAACAUUGAAACAUGGGUCAGUACAAGGUUAUAUACCCUCAAGAGAGAUAAUGCUGAAACCAGAGACUCCACUUAUCAAUUCGCUCUUCCUCGAGUCCCCAAGAAGUACGUACCGUUCUCUGUUGGACACUCCCUCUACUGAUAAGCCGUUUCCCUAAAAUUUCCUAACAGUACAAAGACUGAUAAGCACAAACCCUAAUCAGCCACAUUCCCUUAUGCAGUUCCCAGGUAACAAGUAUUUGUAACUCUCAGCUUUUUUCGAUCAGACGAGCUGGGAGAUGAACAACGGAAUCUAACAUGAUGUUUUCAAACUAGUAACUCCGAGCUUCCAUCAAGGCAAAACAUACAAAACCAUGCACAGAGGAUCCUCACUCAAAAUUGUAUUAUGACGAUGCAAGGACAAAUAGUAAUUAAUCAUUCAUCAUUCUGAAUACCCCGGAAACAAAAAAUUGAGAGCAUAUAUAGAUAGAUAUA